ACCUCCUGGCCCCCUGGCAUCCCUGCCUCCCGGUUACUUGAGCUGCAGCCCUGCCUAUCACUCACCCCAAACCCACCAUGUCCUUGGGGUCACUGAAAUUUCAGGCAGUGGGUGAAGAAGAUGAGGACGAGACAGAAGAGAGCCUGGACUGUGUGAAGGCUCUGACGGCUAAGCUGCAACUGCAGACACGGCGGCCCUCAUAUCUGGAGUGGACAGCCCGGGUCCAGAGCCAGUCCUGGUGCAGGGUCCAAGCCAAACCUGGGCCAGAUGGACUUGGGGCCAUUUGUGGCUUCAACUCAAUGGAUUCUGCCCUGGAGUGGCUCCGACAGGAGCUGCGGGAGAUGCAGGCUCAGGACCAGCAGCUGGCGGGACAGCUGCUGAGGCUGCGGGCCCAGCUGCACCGGCUGAAGGUGGACCAAGCCUGUCACUUGCACCAGGAGCUGCUGGACGAGGCGGAAAUGGAACUGGAACUGGCCCCGCCACUGCGGCAUCUCGGCCUCACCCGCAUGAACAUCAGCGCCCGGCGCUUCACUCUUUGUUAAGUGGCACCUGCCUGUCUCCUGGGACAUUCAGUCAUUCACCAACUCUUCCCCAGCCCAGCUGGGAAGGAGGAAGAGAGGGGUACCCCAGAGGUGCCAGCACCUGGGCGGGAGGAAAGGUUGGUGGGUGGAGCCAUCCCUGCUCUCUGGGGUUAUAAAGCCCCAGCAUCCUGUCCCUACACUGCCGCCCCAGCUGGGGGGGUGGUUUGGCAAAGGGGAGCGUGAGAAGAAGGGGAGGAGCACAAAGUCCCAGACUCCUCAA